AUUUCUUAAGGUGUAGCUACACAGCGACGAAGUGAAAAAUAUUUGUCUCGAACAAUAAACGGGAAAAUUGAACAAUAAUUUUUUAUUGUGUAUAAAAGUGUUUGGUAAAAACUGAAUUUAAUCACUUUAUAAAGAACGAUAAAAUGAAGAAUAAAUGUAAAAUGUUGAAAUAAAAGCUAACAAUAUUGACGUAAGCUUCGGCGGCAUUUGGACAAACAAGAACAUUGAAGAAGAUAUAGCAUGAAAACAUAGAGGAAAGUUAAUGAAACAGCCUGUCUGCUUAACGUUAAUAGCCAUUUUAAAAUGGCUACCACAUCGAAUACAUCUCAAAUGGAAAUGUUGGUGAAAAUAUCAGCAUCCGAUGGUGUACCAAAACUCUUUUGUCCAAUAUGUAAUAAGGCUUUGGUCUCCCUUCAAGGCUAUGUGAAGCAUGUUAAAAAACAUGAGCCACCCGGAGGUUUUAUGUGUCGCUUCUGUGAUGCACGAUUCUGUUCGGAAGAUGAAUUGAAAAAACAUCGUGAAACUCAACACACCACCAUUGCCUGUCGCCUGUGUAAGGAUACAACGUUUACAAAUGAAAGUGAUUAUCGUGCCCAUAUACGUGACGUCCACCAGGGUGUCGAUCGGGAGUUGUAUAAAUGUGAAAAAUGUGGAGCAGCUUAUAAAACCUUGGAUCCAUAUCGGCGGCACAUCGAGACAGAUUGUGGUGCCAUUAAACCCUUUAAAUGUGAUAAAUGUCCCAUGGCAUUUAUGACGAAAUAUAAUUUAAAGGCCCAUUUGGAUAAUCAUUCGGGAGAAUUGAAAUUCUGUUGUAGUUAUUGUGGCAGGAAUUUCAAACAAAAAGCCAGAUUGGUGGAACAUGAACGGACACAUACGGGAGAGAAGCCUUAUAAGUGUGAUGUGUGUGGAAAGAGUUUUUCCCAUCGGGAGAGCAUUGUUACACAUUCUUCAUUACACACUGGAAUACGUUUGGUUGAAUGUAAAUGCUGUAGUUCGAGAUUUUCCUGUUAUUCAAAUCUAAUUAAACACCGAAGAAAUAGGCCAGAUACAUGUGGUCGACCAGAAUAUGAUCCGCCACGCAACCGCAUUCGAAAACACACCUCAAGAAUUCCAGCCGUUUUAAAUCCAAAUUCGGAAAUAAAAGUUGUAAACGUCAACAAAAUCAUAAAACCCGAAGACUUGGAAAAGGCUCAGGCAUUGAAAAAAGAAUCCCCAGAUAAGGCAAAAGAAAAGACUACAGCACGCAAACGUACAGGUGGUGCUUUGAAAGGGGCAACCAAAAAGACAACAACAAAGAAAAUGCUUUCCAAAAAAGACAUUAUCGAAUUUGAGGAAAGUGAUGAGGAAGAAUUUGUAUCGAUUGGGAAAAAUAAGUGCGAUGAGGACGACGAAGAAGAUGAAGAUGAAAAACCACUUACAGAAUUAAUAAAGAGUGAACGACCGGAAAGACAAUGCAAAUUAAAAACAUCAACGAAUAUCGCUGAAGGAGAGCAAACUACUGUAGAAGAUCCCAUUUUAAAACCUCUGAUACCUAUGGAAGCUGAGCCCUCCAUUAACAGAACCACAACAGCAUGGUCGGAUGACAGUGAAGAUGAUUAUGUACCCGAUUUUGAGAAUGAUGAUGAUGAAGAAUCCGAUUAUGAUACACAAGAAAACAAAAAUUUCCAAUUACCGGUAAAAAUCAAAGAAGAAUCUAAAGAGGAUACAACACUCAUACAAAUAGAAGCUCUUAAUGAUCUUGAGUUCACCUCCUUGCCUAUCGACACAAAUGUUGUGAAGUCUGAAAUUGAAGAUGCGAAUAUUUUUAAUGAAAAGGAUAAGAUUCUGGCAUGUUUGCUAAACGAAAGUGGGAUUAACGUAUCUAAUCAGUCAUUAUCUAUAGCCUCAGCUAAACAAUCUGAAAAAGAUGACGAUGAUGAAGAAUAUAUUCUAGAAGAGACUGAGGUGGUAUUGGUAAAAAAUGAAGACAGCCACGAUGAGGAUUAUCCAUUGGAAGACAUCUUGGAUAUAAAAUCAGAGUUUCUUCCAAUGUCGGAAAAUACGGUAGAUCAAAAAUGUUAUGUAUUGUUGGAAGAUAUUACAAAUCGUUAUCCUCAGCUGAAGACACAAUCCAGCAUUAAGGUUCCUCGCAAUUGUCAGCCUUUCUUUUCCAAAAGAAAUGAUACGAAAAAACGCACGCGAAAACCCAGGGAAGCUAAAAGCACACAGCAAUCAACAGCAGAUAAAGAUUCGACCAGUACAGACAAACCAAAACGAAAAUCUAAAAUAACAGCUGAACAGCUGAAGGAACGUAUGCGCCUCUUAAAGAAACGUGAUAAGACUUACAAAUGUCCGGAUUGCAUUAAGCUGUACUAUAUGCGAAAACCAUUUGAAAAGCAUUUGCGAGAUGAUCACAACAAAAACGAUGAAGAAAUCAAAGAGUUGCUAAAGGAUGAAAUUGAAGAAUUGCCCACAGAAGAUAUUUACAAAUGCCACAUCUGUGAUAAGAUAUAUCUGAUGGAGAAACGUCUUAAAGAUCACAUAGCCAAACAUGGUCCAGAUGGUAAUCUAAUACAUAAAUGCCCAUGUUAUUGUGUCUUGUAUUUUGCCACACGUGAAGAGGCCCAGGCUCAUGCCCACGAGGCACACAAAGAUCUGUUGUGGUGUGAAAUAUGUGAGAAAUUCAUGACAGGAUGUGAUGCUUUGAAAUCGCAUAAAAUGCGUAUACACGGCACCAAAGAGGUACAAUUUAAACGUAAUUUGGUGUGUGACAAAUGUGGCAAGAAAUUCUUGGGCAGGACACAGCUAAUGGAUCAUGUACGCUCAGACUGUGGCCGGGUUCCCAUUUACCAGUGUCAGGUAUGUGGUAAAUGUUUAACAACUGCUGGUAUCCUCAAGACCCACAUGCUACUGCAUCAGGAUGACCGUCCCUAUCAAUGCGAUCAGUGUGGCAAAAGUUUCAAGAUCAAGGCUCAAUACAAAACUCACAUCAAAUAUUCCCAUUCAGAGGAAAAACGUUUCAAGUGUCAUCUUUGUCCCAAAGCCUAUCCUUAUCGCGAAAGUCUGCUAACACACAUGGCAGUUCAUACGGGCAUCAAACGUUUCUUGUGCAAUGGCUGUGGUAAACGUUUUACAUGUGUUUCCAAUUUGCAAGCCCAUCGUAAGGUACAUGCCGAAACUUGUGGUCUGCUUCCCUUGAAUGCCAAGGCCACCCAAUAUAUGGGGGUACAAAAAGGCACGCUUUUGUUGGGUGCCAAACCGGAGCCCGGUCUGGAUUAUGUUGAAUCUCAAACAUUGGUGGCAAAAGAAGUAUUUACACAAGAUGUUCAGGCGACCACUGAAGAUGUGGCACGCAGCAUGCAACCUAGCAAUUCACUAAGUGCUGGCCUUCCGCUUAAUUAUAGUACAGAUAUUAUACUAAUGUAAUAUACAAAUUACAAUUGCAAAAUAAUUUUCAAUUAUUUUUCAUAAUGGUAUUUUAAGGGUUAUUUAAAAAGAUAAAUAAUAAAUUAUACAAAUAAUUUUUAACAUAAA